GAACGCGAGGCAAGGCGGCUCCGGUUCCAACCCGGAGCGGUGGAGGGAGGUGCACCGGCCGCCUGUCCUUGUCCGCAGCUAGCAAGGGUGCCUUGAAGGGCUGCGGGGGAGGGGAGGGAGACGCGGCGAUGGCUGCGCUGCCCGUUUCUUGCAUGGUCCCACGUGGCUUGUUCCUUUUGAGGCCCAUUGUGAGUUCCACCAGUUCUUCCCGCUUGCUGCAUCAGACACCUUCAGCUGAGAGUGCUGACAGUUCCGUCCAGGUUCAGGAGAAGAGCAGUGCCAUUGUUCAGAAGAAGCCGCUGCUUCCCAGCAGUCGAGGAGAAUAUGUCGUCACCAAGCUGGAUGAUUUGGUCAACUGGAUCCGUCGAAGCUCCUUGUGGCCGAUGACCUUCGGCUUGGCAUGUUGCGCCGUCGAGAUGAUGCACAUGGCCUCUCCCCGCUAUGACAUGGACCGUUUUGGGGUGGUUUUCCGGGCGAGUCCCCGGCAAGCUGAUGUCAUGAUUGUGGCCGGCACUUUGACCAACAAGAUGGCUCCUGCCCUCCGGAAGGUUUAUGAUCAGAUGCCCGAGCCACGUUACGUGGUGUCCAUGGGGAGCUGUGCCAAUGGUGGAGGUUACUAUCAUUACUCGUAUUCCGUGGUGAGGGGCUGUGAUCGGAUCGUGCCCGUGGACAUCUAUGUGCCAGGCUGCCCUCCUACGGCUGAGGCCCUCCUGUACGGCAUCCUGCAGCUCCAAAGGAAGAUUAAACGAGCGAAAGCGAUCCAGAUCUGGUAUCGGAAAUAAACGGGCUUGUUUGCAAGCUGCCAUGUUGAAAAUGGCCGCCCUAACUGUAGCUGUAGCCCACACGUUAAACUGCUGUGUAUAAACUUUUGUCAAUAAACUUAAUAAUUAUUGUAUCUGGAGAAAAGGGG